AUGAAAAAGGUUAUUUGUCGUUGUAAUAAAGUUAUCAAACUUGAUCAUUACUAUGAUGAAACUUUCUUAAAUAUUCAUAUUAAUGAUAAAGGAUGUUUAGUUAAGCAAGGAAAAAGUGAUGAUGAUGAAAAUAUGGGUAAUGAUGAUUUGUUUAAAAUUGACAAAAUAAGUAAUGUAGAAAAUGAUUGUGAGAGUGAAGUUUUAAAAGCCUUGCUCUGGUCUUAG